CUGCACCGGCGUCUUCUCCCAGCAAGGGGGCUCCAGAGACUGCCCGGCCGGGAAUCGGGUGGCCUGCGCCUUCGGACAGUCCCUUGGUGAUGUCCAGGGCUCCAGGAAGAGAUGUCCUUGUGGCUGGAAGCGCCUGUGCCUGAUGUAUCUCCUGACUCUGCAGUGGAGCUGUGGGAGCCAGAUGUGCAAGAUGCAAGCAGCCAGGUGCUAGGAGGCAGCAACUGCAUCCUCAGAGAGGAUGCCCGAACACCACAGGCCUCCCCGGGCACUUCAGGAAUGGGGCUGGAGGCUGCAGAAGCCAUGGCCCUGCUCCACAGGACAAAGAUCCCUCCAGAACCCACAGAGUUUCGUGCAGCAAAACGGAAAAAGGGACCAGCCCCCAAAAUGCUGGGUAACGAGCUGUGCAGUGUGUGUGGGGACAAGGCCUCGGGCUUCCACUACAACGUGCUGAGCUGCGAGGGCUGCAAGGGGUUCUUCCGUCGCAGCGUCAUCAAGGGGGCGCACUACGUCUGCCACAGCGGCGGCCACUGCCCCAUGGACACCUACAUGCGGCGCAAGUGCCAGGAGUGUCGGUUUCGUAAAUGCCGCCAGGCUGGCAUGCGGGAGGAAUGUGUCUUGUCAGAAGAACAAAUCCGCCUGAAGAAGCUGAAGCGGCAAGAGGAGGAGCAGGCCCAGGCCACUCCGGUGCCUCCGAGGGCGGCCUCCCCUCCGCAGGUCCUGCCCCAGCUCAGCCCGGAACAGCUGGGCAUGAUCGAGAAGCUGGUCGCGGCCCAGCAGCAGUGCAACAGACGCUCCUUCUCUGAUCAGCUCCGAGUCACGGUGAUGCUUCUGGAGACAUCUCGGAGGUACAACCCUGGGAGUGAGAGCAUCACCUUCCUCAAGGAUUUCAGUUACAACCGGGAAGACUUUGCCAAAGCAGGGCUGCAAGUGGAGUUCAUCAACCCCAUCUUCGAGUUCUCCAGAGCCAUGAAUGAGCUGAAACUCAAUGAUGCCGAGUUUGCUUUGCUUAUCGCCAUCAGCAUCUUCUCUGCAGACAGGCCCAACGUGCAGAACCAGCUCCAGGUAGAGAGGCUGCAACACACAUAUGUGGAGGCCCUGCAUGCUUACGUCUCCAUCCAUCACCCCCAUGACCGACUGAUGUUCCCACGAAUGCUAAUGAAACUGGUGAGCCUCCGGACACUGAGCAGCGUCCACUCAGAGCAAGUGUUUGCCCUGCGCCUACAGGACAAAAAGCUUCCCCCACUGCUCUCCGAGAUCUGGGAUGUGCACGAAUGACUGCUCUUGGCCCAGACCUUUCGUUUUCUGAACCUGGCUGAGGCCCUGUGGCCGUCUCACAGAGAUGGAGAUGACUGAGGAAGACAAACGUUCCCCAGGGGGUGGGAGCUAGGAGGGUGCGGAGAGGGUCCUCAUCGGGUAUUAAAGAAGAAUCAAAGGACUGGGAGUUUUGUGGCUGCUGGAGACCGGGGGUCCUGCUAAUGACUGUGCUCUGUGUGAAGACCACACUGACUCAGCCAGAAGGGUAAACCUGGGGGGCCACAUUGCACAAGGUUCUCCAGGGCCCAGCCCAUCCUGCCUCUACCACUUCCUGCUUUCCUCACAGGGCCCCAAGAGAAAUGCUCCCCUAUC